CGCGUUGAAAAUUUUCAGUCGAGCGCUGAUACCGAACUAGGAAGGUCGGUCUAGGCAGAGAUUCUCUACUCGUCUCGCGGGCUUCUUACACAACACUUAAGCGCUGAGCAAAAGAAUAGAAAAAAUAAUUGAGAAUAGAAAUAUUAUAUAUAUACUGUGUGGUGGUGGAAAAUAGUUGGAAAAAGUAUAUAUAUCUGAAUCUGUAUAUAUACAUAUAAUAAGGAUAUUGAAAAGUUUUCGAAGUAAAAAAGUAAAAAUCAAGUACAAAACCGCUACGCUUAAGCGGAAACAGUUUCAACGACAGUAUUUUGAAGAAAAAUAAAUCAAUUUAAUUUAACAAAGAGUAUAAAGUGCAAAUUAAACGUUUUAAUUACAUAUACGUCCAGCGAAAGGGAGAAUUUCGAAACGCGCUAGGGGGUACACUGUAACCCCUGAAAAAGCAAAAAACCCAACAACUAUAACAUCGAAUAGAAACAGGAAAAAUUAUUGUGUAAUACCACCCCGAGUAGCUGCCACAGCAGUAAGUUUUGACAUUUUACGCCUUAAAAAAUAUAAUUUUUUAUCACUAAACGACAAACCGCAACAUGAGUGACGAUCAGCAUGGGAGAGCGGACUCUUAUCGCAUCGCCACGGUUAUACCAACCGAUGACGACAAUCGUACCGCCGAUGGUCACUUAAAGUCCAAACGCAGAAUGCCACCUAAACCGGCUAAAAAGGAGAAUCUUGAGGAUCUCAAACAGGAGUUAGAUAUCGAUUUUCAUAAAAUCUCUCCUGAGGAACUGUAUCAGCGCUUUCAGACGCAUCCAGAGAAUGGUUUGAGUCACGCCAAAGCCAAGGAGAAUUUAGAACGAGAUGGCCCCAACGCGCUUACACCACCCAAACAAACACCCGAAUGGGUGAAAUUCUGCAAGAAUUUAUUCGGCGGUUUCGCCAUGUUGCUGUGGAUCGGUGCUAUACUUUGCUUCGUGGCCUACUCCAUUCAGGCCAGUACCAGCGAAGAGCCCUCAGACGACAACUUGUAUUUGGGUAUCGUACUUUCGGCUGUAGUCAUAGUUACCGGUAUUUUCUCAUACUAUCAGGAAUCGAAAAGUUCAAAGAUCAUGGAAUCGUUCAAAAACAUGGUGCCCCAAUUCGCUACUGUCAUUCGUGAAGGUGAGAAACUCACCUUACGCGCUGAAGACUUGGUGUUGGGUGAUGUCGUUGAAGUGAAGUUCGGUGAUCGUAUACCCGCUGAUAUACGUAUCAUUGAGGCGCGCAACUUCAAAGUGGACAACUCAUCGUUGACUGGUGAAUCUGAGCCACAGUCACGUGGACCCGAAUUUACACAUGAAAAUCCAUUGGAAACUAAGAAUUUGGCCUUCUUCUCCACCAACGCUGUCGAGGGUACUGCCAAGGGUGUUGUCAUCAGCUGUGGUGAUCACACUGUAAUGGGUCGUAUUGCUGGCUUGGCUUCCGGUUUGGAUACGGGCGAGACACCAAUCGCUAAGGAAAUUCAUCAUUUCAUUCACUUGAUUACCGGUGUCGCCGUAUUCUUGGGCGUGACAUUCUUCGUUAUCGCUUUCAUCUUAGGUUACCAUUGGUUGGAUGCUGUUAUCUUCUUGAUCGGUAUUAUUGUAGCGAACGUGCCCGAAGGUCUGUUGGCCACCGUAACUGUAUGUCUGACAUUGACUGCCAAGCGUAUGGCAUCGAAGAAUUGUUUGGUAAAGAAUUUGGAAGCUGUGGAAACCUUGGGCUCCACCUCGACCAUUUGCUCCGAUAAGACCGGCACCCUCACCCAAAAUCGUAUGACCGUCGCUCACAUGUGGUUUGAUAAUCAAAUCAUUGAGGCCGAUACAACUGAAGAUCAGUCGGGUGUGCAAUACGAUAGAACCAGCCCUGGCUUCAAGGCGCUCUCUCGCAUUGCUACCCUCUGUAAUCGUGCCGAAUUCAAAGGCGGUCAAGAAGGUGUACCAAUUUUGAAGAAGGAAGUCAGCGGUGAUGCCUCCGAAGCGGCGCUGCUUAAAUGCAUGGAAUUGGCGCUUGGCGAUGUAAUGAAUAUUCGCAAACGUAACCGCAAAAUCGCUGAAAUUCCAUUCAAUUCGACCAACAAAUACCAAGUGUCCAUACACGAAACUGAAGAUCCCAGUGAUCCACGUUAUUUGCUUGUCAUGAAGGGUGCACCCGAACGUAUCUUGGAGCGCUGCUCAACGAUUUUCAUUAAUGGCAAAGAAAAGGUAUUGGACGAAGAGAUGAAGGAGGCUUUCAAUAAUGCCUACAUGGAACUUGGUGGUUUGGGUGAGCGUGUGCUCGGUUUCUGCGACUUCAUGCUGCCCUCCGAUAAAUACCCAACUGGUUAUAAAUUCAACACAGACGAUGUAAACUUCCCCAUUGAUAACUUGCGUUUCGUCGGCUUAAUGUCCAUGAUUGAUCCACCACGUGCUGCUGUACCCGAUGCGGUCGCCAAGUGUCGUUCGGCUGGUAUUAAGGUUAUUAUGGUUACUGGUGAUCAUCCAAUCACAGCUAAGGCUAUUGCCAAAUCGGUGGGUAUCAUUUCGGAGGGUAAUGAAACUGUUGAGGAUAUCGCACAGCGCUUGAACAUCCCUGUCUCGGAAGUUAACCCACGUGAGGCCAAAGCAGCUGUUGUGCAUGGUGCUGAAUUACGUGAUGUUACACCCGAACAGUUGGAUGAAAUUCUGCGCUAUCACACUGAGAUCGUGUUCGCACGUACCUCGCCUCAACAGAAAUUGAUCAUUGUGGAGGGUUGCCAACGUAUGGGCGCUAUUGUGGCUGUGACCGGUGAUGGUGUUAAUGAUUCACCAGCGUUAAAGAAAGCCGAUAUCGGUGUUGCUAUGGGUAUUGCCGGCUCUGAUGUAUCUAAGCAGGCUGCUGACAUGAUCUUGCUCGAUGACAACUUCGCUUCGAUUGUGACCGGUGUUGAAGAGGGUCGUUUGAUUUUCGAUAACUUGAAGAAAUCCAUUGCCUACACACUGACAUCCAACAUUCCCGAAAUCUCACCUUUCUUGGCAUUCAUCCUUUGCGACAUACCACUGCCACUGGGUACCGUCACCAUUUUGUGCAUCGAUCUGGGAACCGACAUGGUGCCCGCCAUUUCCUUGGCUUAUGAAGCUGCUGAGGCCGAUAUUAUGAAGCGUCCACCACGUGAUCCAUUCAACGAUAAAUUAGUCAAUUCAAGAUUGAUUUCGAUGGCCUAUGGUCAAAUUGGUAUGAUCCAAGCUGCUGCCGGUUUCUUCGUGUACUUCGUGAUUAUGGCUGAAAACGGUUUCUUGCCAAUGAAACUGUUCGGCAUACGUAAGAUGUGGGACUCAAAGGCUGUUAACGAUUUAACCGAUUCGUAUGGACAAGAAUGGACCUAUCGCGAUCGCAAGACACUCGAGUACACUUGCCACACUGCAUUCUUCGUAUCAAUUGUUGUUGUACAAUGGGCGGAUUUGAUCAUCUGUAAGACACGACGAAACUCCGUCUUCCAGCAGGGCAUGCGAAAUUGGGCAUUGAACUUCGGUUUGGUGUUCGAGACAGUGUUGGCGGCCUUCCUGUCGUACUGCCCCGGCAUGGACAAGGGUCUGCGCAUGUAUCCACUGAAAUUCGUUUGGUGGUUACCAGCCAUUCCAUUUAUGUUGGCCAUUUUCAUCUAUGAUGAAAUUCGUCGAUUCUACUUGCGUCGCAAUCCCGGCGGUUGGUUGGAACAGGAGACGUACUAUUAAGCAGCAUUAUGUUCAAAAAAUACGCAACAACAGCAACAGCAACAUAAUAGCAAACGCAUUUGUAAACAUAGCAUGUAUUACGACAACAACAACAACAACAAAAAUAGCAACAGCAACAACAACAACAAUAAUAAUUAUAACAAAUGCGAAAUCAUCAUAUUUAAAUUUUACGAAACGAGUGCGUAGAGUAACGAGCGCGCAGUGUGGUCGCGGCGAUGACAGCAUAACAACAACAACAACAACUACUACUACAAGAACAACAACGACGUUGGCAGCAACAAAUACAAAAACAAACAAAUGGUUGUUUGCUGUUACCAAAAUGGCUGCCGCAACAACAACAACUAUAUUAUGUUAUAGAAAUGCAUGCAAGCAGCGAAUAUUCAAAGCGACCAUCAUCACCACCACCACCACCACAACAAACAACAACAACAAGCAGAAUUAUUUUUUUAAUUUUAAUUAUUUAAUAAUGAAAAAGAUAAUUAUUUAAACGAUUAAGUAAAGUUAAAUUAUAAAUUAAAUAAUGGUAAAAUAAUAUGAAACAUAAAAAAUAAAAAAAUUCAAAUAAAAAAAAAACCAAAACAAAAAAAGUAAAACGAAAACCCAGCCACACAUUACACAAUAAAUAGUAGUUGUUUUUUGUAAGAAACUCUUGACGUACAUACAGCGCCGCUUAGCAAGGAAAUUAAAGCAAAAACAAAACAAAUGCAAAUCAGCGUUGCUAUGUCAUACUGACUGGCAGCGUUUGAGUGAGCGCAAAUCUAGUUGUGUAUUGUUUGUUAGCUAGUUAGCAGUCGGGCACAACAACCGUUUUGGCGAUUUUUUGCGCGCACUUUCCGUAUCGGUCAUACAUAUAUAUUGCAUAUAUGUAUUUCUAACUAGAGAAAACGCUUAACGACUCAAAGCCGUUAGGCUAAGUGAACUUGAAAACCGACAAACUUAGUUGAAUUUUUUCAGAAUUUAAAUAUGUAGGAAGUAUAGGAAAAGGGAUAAAUAGCUAAUUAUAUAACUACAGAAAUAAAUGACAAACAAGGCAAAGAAAAAAAAACUACAAACGAUAGCUAAAAAUGAAUAAGCAUUAAUACAAAAUUAUAGAAAAAAUAAAGAUGAUAAUGAAAGAAGUGGCAUGCAAGUAAGUGUUUAUAUAUAUAUAUAUACUAUAUAUAUAUACAUAUCCUUGAUAAUAACGCAAGCAAGAAAGCAGUAAGAACUCUUUAUUAACGCAAUUCACUACCACUAGCAAAAUAAAUGGAAAACAAAUACACCACCUUAGAAGCUACAAAGUAAACGAAAAACAAAAGUAACAACUAUGCCCCAACUAACCCAACGCUGGUGUAGGAACUUAGUAGACAAAAAAAAAAUAAUAAGAGAACCCAUAACCUUUUUGUUGUUUUUUCUGAAGAGCAGUAUAUUAUGAUGUGGGAAGCAAAAACAAAAUAUUUAUAAUAUUUGUGUAAAGAUAUAUAAGCAUAUAGAGGAGCAUACACACACACACAGAACACACAAGUACACAAACAAGCAAUUGGUUGGAAAAGUAGGUGUGGCAGCGGGUUAAUACGCUUGGAACAGUUUGAAAGCUGCCGUGCAAAUUAAAGUAUAAUGAAAAUCAUACUCUUAAAAAACAUAUAAACUGCCACUGCUCUUGUGUGCAAACACAAACAACAUUUGAAAAAAAAAAAUGAAUUUUAAAAAAUAUUUUUUUUGCAAAAAAAUACGAAUUUGUUGUUCAUACAAAUACACACUCAAAAUACACUAAGCAAACGCUGGCAUUUCUUAAAAAAAAAACAACCGCUCUUUUCCACAUUUGUUAAACUAUUUGCGCGAGACUCGCACACCACAAACACCACUACUGAAAUCAACCCCCCCUCCCCCUCCUGCAUACACCGUUUCACUUGCUGUGGCGCGGCAAGUUUCGGGCAGCAACGCGUUCAUUGUUGAUUGUUGUUUUUGUAAAGUCCACAUUUUACGUCCCCGCUCCGUUGUUUGUCCCGCUGUAGUUGUCCUAAUUUUUAAGAAACUAAUAAAUAAAUAAAAUAAAAUAAAUAAGAAAUUUAUGCAAUGAAAAUAUGAAGAUAUGAAAAAAUGAGAGAAAAAUGCAAAAACAAAUUGCAAAAUGUGCGUAAACUAAAAGCGUAACGGUAAAGGUGAAAAACUUUAAAGAGACGUAUAAAUAAUUAAUUUGUUAAUCUAUUUGCCUUUUUAUUGAGAAAUUAGAAUUUAUAAUUAAAAAAAAAAAAAUAAAAUAUUAAACAAAAAAUGUGUGUGAAAAACAAAAACAAAAAAGCAAGAAAUUGCAGUAAAUACAAAAUGUGAACGAUUGAGUUAAAGCAGUUAGUAUGCAAGUUAGACAAAAUGUAUUAAGAUGGGAAGGCAGCAGUAGUAGCAACUGAAAGUACAGCUAAUUGAAGAUAAAAUAAUAACAACAACAACUUUGUAGUGCAUAAAAAUACUAAAUAAAUUACAAAAAUAAAUGAAAUUGUAGUGCAUGUCUUUUAACGCUCUUAAAUGCUUCACAACAGCAGCACGCACACACACACACAGACAUAA